AUGGAGCUGCCGGUGGUCAGCGACGUGAACUUGUCUGCAUUCAGAUCCAACCCCACACUGUCAGCAGCCAACGGCAAAGCCGGGCCUGGCAGGUUCGAGGAGUCUGGCUUCUGUCAGUGUUACGGUGAUGGAAACAGCUUAACGUCCCGGGUCUCUGAGGUCCUGACCGGCUAUGAGACCCUGGAUGCCCCGCCACGCUAUGACUUCUACGCCAACACUGAGGUGUGGGGCCGACGGCGGCCCCUGAGGCCAUCUUUGUUCCAGCUGCACGGCAGUCCUGAGGAUGACUCCAGACCUCCUCUGUAUGAGGAGACCACGGCCAGGCAGAUGGAAGAAGGAGACAGCUCAGAGGACGAUGGCGACGAGCAGAAGGAGCCGCCGCCCGAUCCCACCCGCUUUGGAUGGGUCCAGGGGGUCUUGAUCCGCUGCAUGUUGAACAUCUGGGGGGUGAUCCUGUACCUCCGGCUCCCCUGGAUCACGGCUCAGGCUGGAAUCGGUCUGACCUGGGCGAUCAUUCUGCUGUCCUCCUGUAUAACCGGGAUCACCGGCCUCUCCACUUCAGCCAUAGCCACCAAUGGGAAAGUCAAAGGAGGUGGGACCUAUUUCCUGAUCAGCAGGAGCCUGGGCCCAGAGCUGGGAGGCUCCAUCGGUCUGAUUUUCGCCUUUGCCAACGCCGUAGCCGUGGCCAUGCACACUGUGGGCUUUGCUGAGACGGUCACAGACCUGAUGAGAGAAAAUGGAGCCGUGAUGGUGGACAAGACCAACGACAUCCGCAUCAUCGGCAUCAUAACCGUCACGUGUCUGCUGGGGAUCUCCAUGGCCGGCAUGGCGUGGGAGUCAAAGGCUCAGAUUCUGUUCUUCCUGCUCAUCAUGGUUUCAUUUGCCAGUUACAUAGUUGGAACCAUCAUUCCUGCUUCAGAGGAGAAGCAAGCCAAAGGUUUCUUCAGCUACAGAGGAGACAUUUUUGCUGAAAACUUUGUGCCCAGCUGGCGGGGGCCGGGGGGCUCCUUUUUUGGCAUGUUUUCCAUUUUCUUCCCGUCUGCCACGGGUAUCCUGGCAGGAGCCAACAUCUCUGGAGACCUGAAGAAUCCUGCAGUGGCGAUCCCUCGGGGGACGUUGAUGGCCAUAUUCUGGACCACAUUUUCCUACCUGGUCAUUUCAGCAACCAUCGGAUCUUGUGUGGUGCGUGACGCCUCCGGGUCGUUAAAUGACACCCUGUCUGCCUCCACGCCGGCUGAUGCUUGCGUUGGUUUGGCCUGCAGUUAUGGAUGGGACUUCACCGAGUGCAUCACCAACAGCACCUGCCAGUACGGCAUCAGCAACUACUACCAGUCCCUGAGCAUGGUGGCGGCCUUCGCCCCGCUCAUCACGGCUGGAAUAUUUGGAGCCACUCUGUCGUCUGCUCUGGCCUGUCUGGUGUCGGCCCCCAAAGUCUUCCAGUGUCUCUGUCUGGACCAGCUGUAUCCGCUCAUCGGCUUCUUUGGAAAAGGUUACGGCAAAAACCAGGAGCCUCUCCGGGCGUACCUGCUGACCUACCUGAUCGCUUCGUGCUUCAUCCUCAUCGCUGAGUUAAACACCAUCGCUCCCAUCAUCUCCAACUUCUACCUGUGCUCCUACGCCUUGAUCAACUUCAGCUGCUUCCAUGCCUCCAUCACCAACUCCCCAGGCUGGCGUCCGUCCUUCAGGUUCUACAGUAAGUGGCUGUCUCUGCUGAUCUCCGUGGUCUGUGUGGUGAUCAUGUUCCUGCUGACCUGGUGGGCGGCCAUCAUUGCCAUCGGUGUGGUCAUGUUCUUUUUGGGGUACACGCUGUACAAGAAGCCAGACGUGAACUGGGGCUCCUCGGUGCAGGCCAGCUCCUACAACAUGGCUCUGAACCACUGUGUGGGCCUGAACCUGGUGGAAGACCACGUCAAGAACUACAGGCCGCAGUGUUUGGUACUCACCGGCCCGCCCAGCAGCCGCCCGGCUCUGGUGGAUUUGGUUCACUGCUUCACCAAAGACCUGAGUCUGAUGAUCUGUGGGAGUGUGGUGGACGGUUCUUCCUCUCCAUCGGACUCCGACGGCAGCGCUCACAUCUCCUGGCUGAACCGCAGGAAGGUCAAGGCCUUCUACAGAGGGGUGGUGGCGAGAGAGCUGCAGGGGGGCGUGAACAUGCUGCUGCAGGGGGCAGGUUUAGGCCGCAUCAAGCCCAACGUCCUGGUGAUGGGCUUCAAACAGGACUGGCGCACAGAGUCCCCCCAGGCUGCUCACAGCUACAUCAGCAUCCUGCAUGAUGCUUUCGACCUGCAGUACGGCGUGUGUGUGCUGAGGAUGAGAGACGGCCUGGACAUCUCCUGUCCUCCACAAUCACAUGUCAAUCAGGGUUUCGACGGAGGACCAGAAAGUCUUAACGCCACCGCAGCCCAAUCCAGCAUCAAAGCAGGCUCUUCAACUCCAGACAUUGCAGAGCUCGUGCCGCAGCCCAGUACUGUGUUUCAGAAGAGUCAGGCAAAGAAGACCAUCGAUGUGUACUGGCUGUCUGAUGAUGGAGGUCUGACGCUGCUGCUGCCCUACCUGCUGACCCGCCGGAAGCGCUGGGCCAGGUGUAAGGUCAGGGUGUUUGUGGGCGGAGACUCGGAUAAGAAGGAGGAGCAGAGAAAUGAGGUUCUUUCUCUGAUCAAGAAGUUCCGGCUGGGUUUCCAACACGUGGAAGUUCUUCCAGAUGUCUACCAGAGUCCUCAGCCCAUGAACGUCCAUCAGUUUGAGAACAUGAUCCGCAGCUUCAGGCUGGAUUCAAACCCCAAACAAGAGUGCGACUCUGAGCUUCUGAGGCAGCAGGAUGCACCUUGGAUGAUCUCUGACCAGGACUUAGAGAAGAACAUGGCCAAGUCUCUCCGACAGAUCCGCCUGAACGAGGUGCUGCUGGACUACUCCAGAGAGGCUGCUCUCAUUAUACUCACCAUGCCUGUGGGGAGAAGAGGGGUGUGUCCCAGCACACUGUACCUGGCGUGGCUCGACAUCUUGUCCCGGGACCUCAGACCUCCAGUGCUCCUGGUCAGAGGAAACCAAGAGAGCGUUCUCACCUUCUACUGCCAGUAAACCGUGUCUCCAAGAGUCCGCUGCAUCAACGCAGCCCGACACGGUCUGCCAAUCAAUGCUACCUGAUUUGUUUUUCAGCAUCUAAUAGCUCAAUUAUGUUUGUCACAGAUUGUUUCUGAGUGAUGCUGCACUGUAAAGCUUUUCAAAAGAUAAGAAGAGUUACUGAUUUAUCCUACCUUUUUGAAAAUAGUGAUUAAUCCUGGAGCAAAGUCAUUUUUGUAUCCAUAUUCACAGGCAUGACUUUUAUAAGUGGGAUCAUUUUUGAUUAAACACUGGCAGAAAUUUUGUAAAUAAAGUUACAAGAAUCUUUAUUUUUUUUCCCCCUUUUUUUAUCUUUGUUUAUGUUAUUUAUCUGAAAUACGGGAGAAAAAAUAAACAGCUGAAUAUAGAAGAACAAAGCAAAGAAGAAUGAAUGUGCAAUAUCUUUACCAAUGAUUGAAGAAAAGUCGGAGGAAUUUUAAAAAUAUAUCAGAUCAAAUUUGUAAAAAUUCAGUAUUUUAAUUUUACACGCCGCUGUUUGUUUUAUACCUUUAUACAUAUUGUAGUAAUACAUUAUCAAUCCGAGAAUACACUGUUAUAAUGCAAGAAUUUCUGAAUUAGCUCAGCUUAUACCCAAAUACUAUCAUAGAUAUUUUUAGAUAACAUUAAGCUUUAAACUGAAGUUAUGCAAUAUAUUUUACAUAAUACAAUAAAUGAUUAACUGCUGACCUC